GCUGUCCCGUGGGUGACAUUCUUGGGAGCCUGGAGUAUAUGAGCUCGAAAGGAUCCUAGAACAUGGAAUGUUAGAACGGAGAAUGUGGGAGCCUGAAGGGACCCUAGAAUAGAGGGUGCCCCAAAACAGCACCUUCCAGAUCACUUCGUCGAACCCCUCUUAAUUUUUCAGUUGGAGGAAACAGACUCAGAGAGAGGAAGCGACUUGCCCAAAGUUGUUCUGAGGGCGUGUGCCCCCUUGCCAGCCCUCCUCCUCCUCCUUUCUGCUUCUCCUCAAGAAAAAUGUGCUCUUUCCUCCUGUGAACUAGAAGGGGCUUGCGGAGGACUCACUUUGGGAUUGGGGUCCAGAGAGGGACCCAGAAAUAGGGGCAGGGCACAUCAAGAUUUAUGUAACUAGAGCUGGGAGAGGAAGCAGGGGAGUCGGGGGAUUUCCAGCGGCCCCUGGUCGUCCCCAAGUGCCCCGGUGUGUUGGGUGCUUUGUAUCAGGGCAAUUUCGAAAAGAGCCCCGGGCAAAUUUGACUUUCCUCUGACUUGUUUUUGUUUUUUUGAGGGAGCAGGUAGGCAGAACAGCUGGCUCCAGAAAAUCGGGUGAGCUUUUGUUCCAGUUUAAAAGGCACCCCGCCCCACGGGCCUGGCUGGUACAGUCUGCUGCCAGGCUGCCAAUUUCAGUUGUCAUUCCAGUUAUCAGUCUAGCCUGAGGACACACCGUAGCUCAGGUUUGGAAAGACUGGGACAAAAGGCACCCCUCAUUUCGAAGGUACUAAAGGUUGACCAGUGUGCCGAUCACCAUUGACUUUCGGGCCUUUUUUUUUUUAAAGGUUGCAAUUCCUUCCCCUAGUACCCAUUUUCACAGACUUUGAGAGCUAGCCAGAAGAACCUUGGAACAUAGAAGGUUAAAUGUUAGAUAGAAAAAAUAGAAUAAAAAAAUAUAAAGAUGGAAUGUUAGAGGUGGAAGGGACAGAAACUAUUAAAAUAUAGAAAACAGAAUGCUGGAACUAAAACGGACCUUAGAACAUUGACUUUAGAGAAUGUCUAAUCCACCCACACCACCAUCUCCCACCAAGAGAGGGGAAGGGACUUAAGGACACACUGCUAGUUAGUGCAUAGGCCCCCUCCUAAAGCACUUUUUUUAAAAAACACAUGAGGAAACUUCUCCAAAUACAAACGGCUAAAAAGCAGACAAAAGUGUUGGGGAUGGGGAGAGGAGAAGAUCAGAGAAAUGCAACAGAUGCAUUUUGUCUUCUCCAGUGAGGUGGAGCUCCUCUUUGAUUUCUGGAGGGUCCACAGUCCAGCCGGCAUGGCUGUUUCCGUGCUGGUGGUCCUCCUUUUGGCCGUAUUCUAUGAAAGCAUCAAGGUUGGCAAAGUAAAGUUGUUCCAAUGGUCCCUGCGCAGCCAUCCCCCAAACCACAACCAGCCGCUGACGGAGUGUACCGACCAGGAGUCUACAAGCUCUGGGUCAGCUCAGGCCAACAGUGACCGAACCAGGUUGUUUCUGAGUCACUUGGGCCAGUCUCUGAUACACGUCGUCCAGGUGGUCAUUGGCUACUUUGUGAUGCUGGCUGUGAUGUCCUACAACACUUGGAUUUUCCUUGGCGUGAUCCUGGGCUCAGCUAUUGGUUACUACUUGGCCUACCCACUCCUCAGUGUGGGAUAGAGGGCAGGAUGGGCUCCGAGGCUGCCGGAUGGUUGUUCAGGCUCAACGUGUUGGGAGAGUGCCAUCUCUUCUUUACUUGGUGAUGAAAACCCCACCAUAUUCAGAAGCAGGCACUCUCACGAUAGUUGUUCCACAUCUCCCUUAUCUUCCUCCUUCUGUGGCCUCUUACUUUGAGGUACACAUGUGCCCUCCUUCCUUGGGCUGGCCACCAUGGCCACCAACAGUGUUCACUGAGGACCUCUGGUGGUGGUUCUGGCUAAACCCGAGCCUAGACUGUCCAAAAGCCUGGGGGAAGGAGAGGGGAGCCAGCUGAGCCCGAGUAGCUGAUGACAUUGCUGAUCGUGUAAUUUACUCAUGGAUUUCCUGACUUGGGGAAGAAAGGCAGCCUAUUUGAAAAGGGAUUGAGGGAGGGGCAGGGCUCCAGACAUGCUCUCCUCCCUCCUCUAUAUUGUGCCUUAGUUCCAAUGGAACAAGCUGUGCAGGGUUAGCUGCCUUUCUGUAUCUGUGGGAAUAGGAGAUAUACCAGCUUUUCUUUUUUUUGGCUAGGCAAUGGGGUUAAGUGACUUUCGCAGGGUCACACAGCUAGUAAGUGUUAUGUGUC